UAACAAAAAUGUUGUGGCAUUUUCGCAAUCUCAUUGCUUUAAUUUGGGUGCUAUUGUAUGGCAAAAGUUUGAGCAUCACGCAAACCUAUACGUUAAUUGUAGAGAAACUGAGCUUCAAUUUGACUGAGGGCCAAAGGACUUUAGAUGAUGGAUCGAAUUUAUUUCUGAUGGGUCGCGAUCGACUUGUCAAUGGAACCGUGGAAAUCUUAGAGGAUCUCGGUCCUGACCACUUUUCAAUGCAUAUUGCUCUCUUAAGUGAUUCGUCGGGCAAUGGCGAGUUUAAACCACUUCCCUACAACAUUUCCACUACAGAUCCGUGUACUGCGAUUGUCGAUUACGGUUCAAUGGCGAAGCCUUCCUUAGAUCCGGAUAAGAACACAAAUUUUCCGAUCAAUGGCGAUGUGUGCCCAAUACCAAAGGGUGUAUACUAUUUCAAUGACAUCAAAGUAUCGACUGAUAACUUGCCAUCACAUGUUCCUCGCGGAUUUGUUAAGGGAGUUUUAACUUUAUUUAAAGAUAAUGCAACCAUAGGCACUUUCGAAAUGGUGGCCAGAGUUGAGGAUAAAUACAUGUAGACUAACACGUGCUUUGCUUAGAGCCUUAUAUAAUAAAUAUU